GUUAGCCCAACAUGAGGACAGUGACAAAAUGAGGGUGCCCCAAGUAGCGUCACUUCCUUUAGCAUCUACCAACUACUUGUCUGAGAGUCUGGGAGGCGCGACGCGUAAACAGGAGAAUAAGCUAGGAAUUGCAUCUGCCGGUGAUGAAAUAGAGGAACGAGGAACUAC